AUGGUGGGACUAGCUCAACCAAUGCCUAAGAAGUUAAGUUUAGGUGACAAAGAAGCUCGACAGCUCGAUCGAGCUAGAAACAGGGCAACUCGAUCGAGUUCCACAACUCGACCAAGGUCUUUUGGAGCAUUCUGGAGCAUAUGGGACAUGAGGAGCAUGGAAGGGACUUGGCGCAUGGACGCAGCUCAACUGGAUACGCAAAGGAAGAAGGAGGAAGCCAUCUUGAAGACCAGCUCGACCAUCACUCGACCAACCGGUCGAGUUCCUCAACUCGACCGGCCAAGCUUCAACUCGAUCGAGCUGAGAAGUCAACAGUCAAACCCGAAAAAUGUUGCUUCCCCCUUGACUUUCCUUUGA